AUAUCAAAUAAAAACUUGUGCUUUUGUCUAUGCUCGCUAGAAAUUUUCCGUCUUUUAAUAUUACACGAUGAAUAAGUUGCUCAUGCUAACCUUUGCUUUGUCCAUCAACUUUGUUCUAUCGGGAAAAAGUGUUAAGGAAGCACUGGAAGACAUACGUUUAAUAUCAAGACUGCAAAACUAUUGCUAUAAUGAAACUGGAUUUACGAGAGAGAAGCAUGAAUUGAUACGAGAUGCACGCACAUACUCAUCAGACAUAAAUUACUUUUGCUACGUGGGCUGCUAUUGUACACACGUCAAAGAUCUAUGGCUUACUAAGAGAACCUUAAACUAUGAAGCGGUUGCAGCUUCUGUUACUCGAUUUCUCUCUGUUCCAGUAGCAUACCAUGUCAUCAAUCAGUGCACAAAUAUAAGUACAAACAGUCUGUGUGCUACCGGAAAAAAGAUUCACGAUUGCUUUGCUGAAAGGAACGUCAUUAUUACAGGUUCAAUUGGGUACUUUGAUGGAGAUGAAAUUUAAUUACGAAAGAAACUCAAAUAUCACCUACAUAACUAAUCUGUGAAAAUAAUUAUUAAUUACCUAAAUUUAUAAUCAACUGACAUAAAAGUUAAAAAUUAAGUGUUGUAUGUUAUAUAAAAUAAAC